CUCUUCUCUCCACUGGAUGGUUGUUUAGUGACCCAGAUCUGGUCAGCUUUGUCCAGCUUGUGGUAGACGAGGACCGGGAACAGCUUCUGAACGCCUGUCGUAAUUUUGUGCGAGUUCUUAUCUUGACCAAUGAAAACGAUGAAGUGUUCACGUGUGGGACAAAUGCAUUCACCCCGGUCUGCACCUGGAGAAAUGUGAGCCACCUGGCACAGGUAACAAACUCCGUGGACGGCCGAGGGAUGUGCCCCUUUAGCCCAGACUACAACGCUACUGCUUUGAUGACCUCAGACGGGUUUCUCUACGCCGCCACGGUGAUCGAUUUCUCCGCCAGGGAUCCGGUCAUCACCCGACGGCUGGCUCCUGUGGGACUCCGAACCAUGCAGCAUGACUCCAAAUGGUUGAAUGAACCCAACUUCGUCUCCGCCUAUGAAAUCAACAACUUCGUGUACUUUUUCUUCCGUGAGACGGCGGUGGAAUACAUCAACUGUGGAAAGAGGAUCUACUCCCGGAUGGCUCGUGUGUGUAAGAACGACAAAGGAGGCUCCUUCUCCUUACAACAUAUUUGGACCUCUUACCACAAAGCCAGGCUCAAUUGUUCGUUGCCCGGGAACUUUCCUUUUUAUUUCGACGAACUGCACGGGACUUUCUACUCUGAAGAUGAGGAACUCAUUUAUGCGGUUUUUUCUACCCCACAAAACAGCAUUGCUGGCUCUGCUGUUUGCGUUUACAACAUGACGGCAUUGACCGACUCCUUCGACGGUCCUUUCAAAUUUCAGGAAGGGCCGUCGGCAGCCUGGCAGAUGAAUGAAAACAACUUUUGUGAGAGUCAGAACUCCAACAGCAAGCGGUCCUCGGAACAGUCGACAGACUUCCUGAUGGCAGCCAAGAAAUAUCAGCUCAUGGAUCGAGCCGUUCAGUCCCGCGAAACAGGGCCCCUAAUCAUGAGAGAAAACGAAAGGUGGACCCACAUUGUCGUGGAUCAUGUUCCCACCAAACUCCACCUACAGGAUGUUCUCUUUCUGGCCACAGAAGACGGGAAACUUCGCAAGAUGCUGCGGCUGCCAGGGACUGACAAAACCUGUCUCAUCGAGGAAAUCAAAAUUGUUUCAAACGGUCGUCCAAGGCCAGUAACCAACAUGAGGUUAUCAUCCAGAAAAGGUGCUAUCUACAUCACUACAGAAGGCGACAUUUUGAAAGUUCAAGUGGAGCGAUGUAACAGGUUCACAACUGCCAUGCUGUGCCUGAAUGCACAAGACCCUUACUGUGGGUGGGACUCUCAUACUCAGUCCUGCUCUCCUGCACCUGGAGGUAAUGUUCACUCUCAAUAUUGGGAGCAAGAUAUCAGACACUGUCCCAUCCUGGAUUCACCAAUUGAUGGUGGUUGGUCUGAUUGGUCGCAGUGGAGUGUGUGUCGCCAGGUUGGACAUGACCGACUGGUUGAACAGUGUCUUUGUAGAUUAAGAUCUUGUGAUCAUCCUCGACCAGCCAACCGUGGCUGGGAGUGCAGAGGGCCUUCAAUGGAGAUUAGUAACUGUACAGUUCAUGGUGGCUGGACAGAGUGGUCUGCCUGGUCGGCCUGCUCCCAGACUUGUGGCUUUGCUAUGAGACAGAGGACUCGCCAGUGUGGCAACCCUGCGCCAAAGUUUGGAGGUGACACAUGCACAGGCAGUGACAAGGAGGAGGCUUACUGCUCAGACAGUCCUGAGUGUCCGAUGGUCCCGGUGGAUGGGGACUGGUCAGGAUGGUCUGGCUGGAGCACCUGCACGGCCAACUGCAACAGUGGAAUACAGACUCGCAAACGCUCCUGCGACCGCCCCCCUCCGAUUCGAGGGGGUAUCUUCUGCAUGGGCAACAGGGAGGAGUGGAGAAUGUGUAAUACUCAGAAAUGCCCAGAAUUAUCUAAAACAUCACCUUGGACUGAGUGGGUACAAACCAAUCGAACCUCAGCAGGGUACUUACAGCAACGGUUUCGCUUCACUUGUCGAGCAAAUGUUGAGACCAGCAAAGAUAUUAAGACAACAUUUGCUAAGAGUCAAGCAAAGUUUUGCUUCAAUGAUCAGAAGGGCUGCUACAAGCCCAAAGAACUGUCCAACAGCCUCACAAGCAUUGAUACUUUCUCUUCUAUGGAUACUGUGCUGAAAAAUUACUGCAAGCAGCGCAGAAGACUGUUUAAAAAUUACUGCAGUUGUCGAACAUUAGGCGUGUUUCUAGUGUGUCAGAAGUGUGGAUUCGGAUGA